AUGGACCCUUAUUUAUCCCGAACGCUUCAAUCACUCACUAGGAGUAAAAUCUACGAGCUUGAGAAACAACGGGAUGCAUAUGAGCAACGAAAAUUCGAGGCACUCGCAGACGCGGACCAGUGUCCCACUCUGCGUGAGCGUGUCGAGCAUCUCCUAGUUAGUACCAGGAAACUGCUCCCAGCUUUGAACCGUGAUGCGGACAUUUUGAACAUCGAACACUGGGUUGAUCAGGCACGUUUUGACUCUUCGAUCCCCACCCACAAGCUCGAAGGGUUCGAAAAAUACUUGCGCAAUAAGCUGGAGCCUCAUAGUCGCAAGCUUCAACUCGCCGAUUUGUAUUCACGUCUUCUUACAGAGUGGAUGAACCCACCGUCUAGAGAAAAGGAGAAUCAAGAAACUGCCUCUGAUGAUUCUGAUGGUUUUUUGGUUGUGGAGGAAAGACAGAAGCAGAGAUUGCAGCAGCUUUGUGACCAGUUUGAGAGCAUGGUCUUCAAAUCUCACGAGACGGAUGCUUUCGAAAUCAAUGCUUUUUUGGAUGCCCUCUUCCCCGAUGAGGAGCAAAAGCAACUUUUGAAAAACUUCCGUGACAGAGUGAGCAGAGCCACGGAAUCUAUUUGGGAGCGAGAAGAUCCAUUCACUGUGGACUCCUUAUCAGCAUGUAUUCGUGGCAUUCAAUGUGAGGAAAUUGUCACUGACGAAAAGCAAGAAACAUUGAAGCAUUUCGUCAACAACAAGGUUGCUCUCAGUGAGAUCGCUGAUGUUCUCAAUAUGCGAUAUGCCGACCUAGACAAUUGGGAUUGGCAUACAGGCGAAGAGGGCGUACCUGUCUUACCUCGGCAACAAUUGAACGGUAAAUAUCGAAUCUGGAUGGACGAUGACAUCCUAGAAACGAUCUUCGUUGAGCAUAUCUGUAUCAGACUGUGCAGGGAUUUAAAAUCAACUUUGACUAGCCUCAUCAGCGACAAAAGAAUGUUCAACUUCGUCCAAGGACAUAAAAUGACAAAAAAUGACAGAAUCCGCCGAAGAUACUACGCCAUGUAUGAAGCCAGUGGAUCUACGGCACAAAAGCGGCGAGACGACUAUUUCGAAAAUUUCUUCUUAGCAGCAAUGCCAGAAGGAGAGGACACUUUAGGCAAUCGCUUUGGUGGAUAUGAUGACGACCUCGAGACGCACGAAAGUUCCGCACCGAAAAGUGUCAAGCAGAAGUUGCUCCGAAAAAUAGUGACCGAGACGUUGCUCAAGCGUCAUCUGAAUGGAGAAGCAGCUGUCAUCCAAACAGACUUGCAAUGGUAUGCGACUUCGAUUCCACACAGCACUGUUUACGCCUUCCUGGCUUAUGCCGGAUUUUCGGAUCGUUGGAUCAACUUUUUUCGCAAAUAUCUCGAGACUCCUCUUAACAUGGACCAGGCCUUUGAUGGACAUGAGAAGCUUGGGCCACGAAAGCGUAGAAGGGGUAUUCCGAUAGCACAUGCUUCAGAGAAACUCAUCGGGGAGCUUAUCCUCUUUUUUAUGGACCUUGCCGUCAACAAGGGAACUGGGAUCCUGCUGUACCGGCUUCAUGAUGAUAUUUGGCUCUCUGGGGAGUCAGAGAAAUGUAUCAAGGCGUGGGAUAUCAUGCAAAACUUUGCUCAGAUUACUGGACUCGAAUUCAACAGGCACAAAUCAGGGUCUGCGUAUCUGGGCGACUCCAUGAGAAGCGAAGUCAUCUCCCGUCUACCAGAAGGUCCAGUCAGGAUCGGUUUCCUCAUGCUAGAUGCAUCAUCCGGAGAAUGGGUAAUCGAUCAUUCUCAAGUCGAUGCACAUGUGCGUCAACUAAAAACGCAACUCGAUCAGUGCGACAGCAUCAUUUCCUGGAUUCGCACUUGGAAUAGUUGUAUUGGUCGGUUCUUUAAGAACACUUUCGGAGAGCCAGCAUAUUGCUUCGGACGGCCACAUAUUGAUGCAAUUCUCAGUACAUAUGAGAAAAUGCACAAGACAAUUUUCGAAACAGCGGAGAAGCCAACGCAGUGCACCGUCGCGGGCUUCCUUAGACAAAAGAUCGAAUCUCGUUUCGGCACACUUGAUGUCCCGGAUGCGUUUUUCUACCUCCCUGAAAAACUAGGAGGUCUUGGUCUUCGAAAUCCAUUCAUUUCAAUUUCUCUCAUCCGCAAACAGCUCAACAAGACCCCAACUGAGCUGGUGGAUGAUUACUUGAGUGAGGAACUUUCCAGCUACGAAAACGCGAAGAUGAGGUUUGAGAAGACUACCCGGAAAGAUCGCCGCGCUCUCUUGGAGCAAUUGCAGCCCGAUCGAGCCUUCGAAAAUCUCAACAUCAUUGCUAUGGAGGAGAUUGAUCAAUUCAUGUCUAUUGAUGAAUGGAACAAAUUGCGCGAGGAAGAAAGCUACUGCUACUCACUGCUCUAUGAAGAACUCAUGAAUGUUCCUACUUGUGCCGGCCCUCGUACUACGACUGUGGUUGACGAUGCCAUAUCUGAUGCUCGUGAGAAUUUCGGUCUUGGAAGGUUGGGGAUCGAGACAAAAUGGAUCCUUGGUCUUUAUGCAGAGGAGUUGAUGAGAGAUUUCGGAGGAUUGAACUUGGUGGAUAAACAAUAUUUGCCUAUGGGUGUAUUGGACAUGAUCAAGGGCAAGAAAGUCAGAUGGCAGAUGGUUUUGUAA